AUGGCACCUAGCAAAUCAGUGACACUAGGCGACCCGUGUUCUCGAUGCAGACCGCCAAAUAUCUUACCAUCUACAGCUCUGGCGCGCAGCGAGCCUUUCUGCACCAAAUGCUUUGCGCGAUUCCUAAGCACUAAGUUACGCAAACAAAUCCCAGACUAUAAGGUUGCCUACACGCGCGACAAGAAGGUGAUCCCCACGCGCCACCACGCUGUUGUUCCUGUGUUUUACCGUGGGGAAACCUCUACUCAGUCAUCAGUUGUGCGCGAGUGGAUAUGGCAAGACAACACGGAAACAGCAGCAGCGGUUGUGCUUGUUGAUCUUUUAGCAGAGCUUAUCCGCGAGCAGCGUCAAAAACAUGCCAAAAACCAAGGCUUUGUGCUACAUAUUCUAGUUGUAAGACCAACAACAACAACAACUACAGAAGAAACAUGUCGAAUCACUGAGUUUUUCAAGCAACACUACACCCAAGAAACUGCGUCGAUCGAAGAGCUGGGUCUCGACACUUUUGCUGGCGACGUUUUGGACGCGUUACCAUCGCGCGCAUCACGUGCAGAUGCACUUGGUCUCAUUUCACGACGUGCCAUUGCCCAGUAUCUAAACAAACUUGCCGCUGACCAUGCUGCAGAUAACUGGCAAGUCGCAGAGCUUGCAGCGGAACCUGUGGAGGGUGUAGCUCAGCGUGUGCUUGCUUCGGUGGCAAAGGGCCGCAUGAAUCUCGUGUACCGAGAUUUGGUGAAUGUGUCGACCGAUGAUUCUGCUAUUAUUUGGCCUUUGAAAGAGAUUCGGACUCAAGAGGUGACCACGUACCUAGAUCUUUUUUUCAGCACUGACAGUGAUCUUCAGUUAGGUUCGUCCGAAAUACCUGCACAGGGCCCUGCAAAGUCUUUAAGUAUUGAUGCAUUGCUACGAUCUUAUUUUGCUGAAAUCGAGUCAGCAUUCCCUUCAGUCGCCACCACCGUGGUCCGUACUGUCGAAAAGCUGGCAGAUCCAAGCACAUGUUCGCCACACAUUCUAGAGAAACUCUCGUCGUCCUCCUCAGCGGCCUCGCCUUUUGCUUCGGUUCCACAGUACGGCUCAUGCGCAGUGUGCGGCUGUGCGCGUGAAGCUAAGGUUAGCGAGUGGAUCAAGAAAAUAACCGUCAACGAAGGUGUCCAAGAAGAUGAAGUAACUACAAUAGAACUCCCGGAAGCAAUUCAGGAAUCUUCUUCAAUCGACUCGUUAUGCUACGGAUGUAUUGUCAUGCUUAAAGACUCAUCGAUAUCAACUCUCCCUGAUUGGACUGCUCCACGGGCAUCACUUUCUUCUGUUCUCUCUGAAUAUGAAUUAUAG